AUGAUCCAGGUGCCGAGCGCAACAGCCGAACGUCCGUCCGAUGGCAUCGCAGCCGAGAAGGACGCGGCGCUGGAGGUGGUGAGCGACGAGGCAGUGGAAAUUGAUCCGGCUGUAGAAAAACGUGUGCUGCGCAAGAUCGAUUUGUUUUUUAUGCCGGCGAUGCUGAUCGGGUAUGGGUUUGUAUACUGGGAUAAGGCCAUUUUGGGAAGUGCCUCCCUAUUUGGCAUGACGACCGAUCUGGCCUUGAUGGUCGUGGAUAAUUCCACCUCGCCACCGUCAAAAGAUACGUCGCGUCUCAGCUGGGCAACCUCGAUCUUUUACUUCGGUAUGCUGGCGGGUCUCUAUCCGAUGACGUUCAUUCUACAGCGGUUUCAAAUCCGAUAUGUUUUCGGACCGAUCGUUAUGCUGUGGGCGAUCACUUGUGCCGCUACUGCAGGCGUGAAAACCUGGCAGGGCCUGUUUGUCCAGCGGUUUUUCCUCGGAUUCGUUGAAAGUGUCGUUCCAACUGGUUUCAUGACCAUCGUCAGCGGAUACUAUACCCAGCAAGAGCAAGCCAUGCGCCAGGCGUGGUGGUUCUCCGGCACCGGAUGGUUCACCAUCAUCGGGGGAGCGCUGAACUACGCAUUCGGACAAAUUAACUCAGGCUCGUUGACGCGAUGGCAAUACAUCUACAUCUUCGCCGGAGCCUUGACCUUCCUCUUCGGACUCUGGUGCUGCAUGAUGCCCAACUCGCCCGUUUCCGCCUGGUUCCUGACCCCAGAAGAGCGCGUAGUUGCCGUCGAACGACUCCGAAAGGGCCAAACCGGAGUCCGCUGCCAGCAGAUCAAAUGGGACCAAAUUAAGGAAGCUUUCUUGGACGUGAAGAUGUACCUUGUAGCGAUAAUGAUGGCCGCCGCCUAUACCAUCAACGGCGCCAUCUCGGGCUUCGGCCCCCUCAUCGUGUCCACAUUCGGCUUCGACACUCUCGACUCUAUCCUUUUCCAGUUCCCCGUCGGCGCCAUCUGUGUCAUCUUCAUCCCCCUCUGCGGGUACAUCUCAUCACGUGUUCCCAACACCCGCAUCCCCAUGCUCAUCGCCUGCUGUCUCCCCGUCAUCGCCGGCUGCAUCAUGAUCUGGAAAUCCUCAUGGGGCUAUCAGCCCGCCACGCCGGUAGCCGGAUACGCAAUCACGGGCUUCUUCGGCCCCGUCGUCAGCUUGAUCAUCACCCUCGGCGCCAGCAACGUCGCCGGCGCCACAAAGAAGACCAUCAUGGCGGCGACGGUGUUCGUGGCCUACACGGUGGGUAACAUUAUCGGGCCGCAGCUGGUGAAUAGCAAGACGGUCGAUCAACAUUAUCCGGAGCUGUGGCAGGGGUUGAUUAUUUGUUAUUGUAUUACGAUUGCGGCGGCGGCGGCGUUGUAUGUUUUGCUGAGGAGGGAGAAUCGGAGAAGGGAUGCUAUGGACGUGGAUGAGAGUUUGAGGGAUAAGUUGGCGUUUCAGGAUCUGACGGAUAAGCAGAAUCCGCUUUUUAGAUGUCAGUCCGUUAUGCGUCCGAAGACGGUGGAUGAAGCCUUCGUUGUGGAUUAUGCCCUCCGUAUGGCGAGAUACAAGUAA